AUGGCUCCACCCACAGCAACCGUUGAGCCACCCAGCCUUGUCGACACCACCAUGGAUACCACCAAUGAGGCCAACAACAUCAACGACAUGGAUGCAAAGGACUUGAGUCGCUUCAUUGAUCCCGAGUUCCUCAAUGCCAAGCCUGACGAUCGCACGAGGACCGUGGACCAAGCCCUGACGCAGGAAAAAGAGGAACUUGAAGAUCCCCCUGAUCUGUUGGACGAUUUCGGAGUGGAAGAGAACACUCGACCAUUGGCAUUGCAAUCACGCGAAUACCAAUACGAGCUUUACCUCAAAGCAGUCGAAGAGAAUGUUAUCGCUGUGCUUGAUACUGGCAGUGGCAAGACCCUUAUUGCAGUGAUGUUGAUCAAGACCAUUGCAGCCCAAGAGCGAGAGGAACGCAUGAAACGUCGUCAUACCAAGUUGACGUUCUUUUUGGUGGAUCGUGUACCAUUGGUCUUUCAACAAUCCGAAGUGGUUGCUACCAACUGUGAUGUCAAAGUGAAAGCCAUGUGUGGUCAAAUGGAUGUUGACAACUGGACCGAGAAGCAGUGGCGUCAGAUCUUUGAAGAAAAUGACGUAUGUGUCAUGACAGCUCAAAUCUUCUUGGAUACUUUACGACAUGGCUAUGUUCAUAUGGAUAAGGUCAAUUUGAUCAUCUUUGAUGAAUGUCAUCACGCAACCAAGAGACAUCCUUACAACUUGAUCAUGCAAGAGUUCUAUCAUCACAUCCCAGCCAAUGAAGAUCGCCCAAAGAUUUUCGGCAUGACCGCUUCGCCGAUGCAUGCUAAAUCAGGUGUACAAUACAGUGCCAUCCAGCUUGAACGUAACCUAGACAGCCGUAUCUACACAGCAACCAAUGUUCAACAGCUCCUUGAAUCAGUCAAUCGUCCAAAGGAAGUCUCUUUGUAUUAUGCAGCGUCACGUGGAUACGAGCGAACACCCUUGACAACCCGUAUUUCCGAGAAGAUUGGAGUCAUUGAUCGUUAUCGACGUUGCUUUGAUGUGGCAGCCCAUGUUCUUGAUCAUCUCGGUCCCUGGUGCUGUGAUCGUUUAUGGCGUUAUAUGCUUGAAGCCGUUGAUGGACGUGUUCUCAUCGAUUUGGAGGAUGUCCCCAAGGAGCAAAUGGAGGAAGAGAAUCGUGCAUUAUCCGAAGCUUACAAGAUGACAGAGAAUGCCGCUCCAGACAACCCCGAUUUUUUCAAUUCUGAUCUCUUCACCGGCAAGGUGCAAAAGCUGCUUCAUGUUCUUCGUACCUGCGCACUGGGGAUGGAUGAUUUCUGUGGCAUUAUCUUUGUUGAACGACGACACACGGCAGUUGCUCUCUAUCUUUUGAUUCAAGCAUGUCACUUUUUUGCCGAACAUAAAAUGCAUUGUGACCUCCUCAUUGGCCAUGGCACCAAAGAAGAUGGCGAUGUUCAAAUGAAGUUCAAGGAUCAGAACAACACUAUCAAGCGGUUUAGAAGUGGAGAGCUCAAUCUGCUCAUUGCUACCAACGUUGCAGAAGAAGGAUUGGAUAUUCAGCCAUGUAAUAUUGUCAUACGCUUUGAUUUCUUCAACACGCUUAUUGGAUACAUUCAAUCUCGUGGUCGUGCUCGCCAACCCAAUUCCAAAUAUGUCAUCCUUAUGGAAGAAAACAAUGAGUCACAAAAGAGCAAGUUGGAAGAGUUUCGUGAUCUUGAGUCCGAGAUGAAAGACUUUUGCAGAGAGUUACCAGACGAGCGUAACAUGGCAUCCAAAUACUCUGAUUCCAUGUAUCCAGACGACGACUAUUUCGAAUCGGAUGAUGAUGAUGAUGAGUUUUCACUUGAGCAUAUGCAUAUUGUUCUGGAGACCAAGGCCACCGUCACUUUGCAUUCUUCUGUACCAUUAAUUCAUCGCUAUUGUGGUUCGCUUCCAUCAGACAGCUUCACCAUCUUGCAGCCCGUAUUCGAGAUUUAUCCAACAGCCGAUGGGUUUUCAUGUACUUUGAGACUUCCCAGUAAUGCAGCUGUCAAAGAGGUACAUUCAGAAAUCGCGCGAACAAAGGCGAGAGCAAAGCGAUUGGCAGCAUUGAAGGCAUGUCGUCUAUUACACAGCCGUGGUGCCCUUGACGACCAUCUUAUGCCUAAAGCACAAAAGCGUGAAAUGCUCGGUGAAAUGGCACCCCAAUAUGAUGAGAAUGGAUUUAUUAUUGGCAGUCGACGACGUAGAGGUGUAUAUGAAAAACGCACACCACGCUUCUGGGAACGAGAGCAGGAAGAAGAAGAAGAUCAAGAGGAAGAAACUGCCGAUGAGAAAAAGGAGGCGUUGAUGCUAGAUACUAAGCCAAGUGUUAUUGAGAAGCGUUUGCGAGUCAACCAAGACAAUGCACCCACUGCAGACGACAAUAGCAGCAAUGAUCAACUCGUUCCUACGCAACCAGAUAGCAACGGUUGUCUUGUACCUGAAAAAGCACAUCCCAAUGGGGUCAAUGGGGCUAAGGCUGAAAGUCCCAAGGCUGAAGAUCCUAUGGUUGUUGAUUCAAAGCCAAAUGGCAGUGCUAGUCCAAAAGCUGAAGAUUCAAUGGUUGUCGAUUCAAAGCCAAAUGGUGAUGUUAUGCAAAAUGGUGAUGUGGAUACGACUGAAGUAUCGGAAGAACCACCAGCGGAUAUCGGACCAGGGCCCUUUGACGUAUGGAUUACAAGCAUCAACUUGGAACCACCUAAUACCAUGAUCAUCCCUGUACGACGAUUGGUGUUAGUCACAUGGAAGCCUCUUCCUACUAUUCCAGAAUUCCCAUUUUACAGCAAAGGCACGCCGUUCACUUGCUCUUUCAAGUCUGAUCCAGCCUCAUGUACGGUGGAUCGUGAAACGAUUGAUUUGCUUGGUGAUUUCACUUUGCGUCUCACUUCAUCCAUCACCAACAAGAAUUUCGAAUGUCCUUUGAUCGAUUUCCCUUAUUUCCUUGCACCACUCAAAUCCAUGCAUGAUGGCAAUGUUCAAUACACCCUCAGCUCAUCAUCAUUCCAAGAAUCGGUUGAUUGGGAAGCAAUGCGUCGAACGAUCCAUUUCAAAGGCGAGCCAGUGGAUGUGGACAAUCUUGAGCAAUCCAUCCAUGAUCGUAUCAUUAUCGAUUCCUUUGAUAGCUCUCGUCGCUAUCUUAUUCGUGACAUCCGCAAUGAUCUUCAUCCAUUCUCGCCUGUGCCAGCUGAUAUGAACAUACGUGAAACUGGUUUCGAGACAUUUGCAGCAUUCUAUCAAGAGACGUGGAACGCCAAAGUCACCAAACCAGAUCAGCCUUUGGUACAAGUGCAACGCAUCAACAAGGUGAUGAACUAUAUGAUGGCGGUCGAAACGGUGGCACCAAUAGAAAAGAAGCGCACUGCAACCUUUGUGGUACCUGAGUUUUGUGUCUUGUUCCCCAUCAAUGCAAGCAUUUAUCAAUCCGCCAUGUUCCUUCCAUCGUUGAUGUCUCGUUUGGAUUCUUAUCUUCUUGUUAAAGAAGCAACUCAGCGUUACGACUUGCCUGUCAAGGAUGAUCUCAUUUUGGAAGCAUACACUACACCUUCUGCUAGUAUGGCUAUGAACUAUGAACGUCUUGAGACCUUAGGAGAUUCAUUGCUAAAGUUCCUUGCAACCAUUCGCUUGUACAUCAACUUUCCUUUCUCCAACGAAGGCGAGCUUCAUUGUUUACGUAUUCGUGUCAUUUGUAACCGAGCGCUGUAUCGUGCUGCCAAGCGACUGAAGAUUUUCCGAUAUGUAACGAGCCAUGCAUUCAAUCGACGUUAUUGGCGACCACAUCAUUUUACAACACCCAAUGAUACGCCUGAUACACUCAAAGAAGUACGACGACACAUGUUAUCCGAUAAGACACUCGCUGAUAUCGUGGAAGCCACAUUGGGUGCAGCGUAUUUGAGCUCUGGUCUUGAAGGUGGAUUGAAGACAGCUAUCGCUAUGCAGAUUCCUUUUGAUGAGAUACAGCAAUGGUCUGAUUUUACACCUACCUUUUUGCAAAACCGUGACAAGGUGCCUGCACGUGCCGAAGCAAGAGCGCUACGAUCAUUGAGUAUUUCACGCGUGCAAGAGCUUACUGGAUACACAUUCAAUACGCCUCUUUUGGUUGUGGAAGCCUUGACCCAUGCCAGCUUACCCAAUUCAACAGCACCUUGCUACCAACGUCUCGAAUUCCUUGGUGACGCCAUUUUGGAUUUCUUGGUGAUUCGAUAUCUCUUCACCAGAUAUCCCGAAGCUGAUCCAGGCAUGAUCACUGAUCUCAAGGACUCUUGUGUCAAUAAUCACGUGCUCAGCAUCAUUUGUGUGGAGAACAUGCUUCAUACUCAAAUCAUUCACUACUCGGGCCGUCUUGUGAGAUCGAUUGAAGAAUUCUGCAAAGAAGUCGACGAUAUGAAGAAGGAUGGAAGGGCUGUUGGUGAAUAUUGGAGAGAUUUGAUGAUUCCCAAGGUGCUCUCUGAUGUUGUCGAAAGUAUGCUCGGUGCCAUCUUUGUUGAUGCUGGAUUUAAUCUUGCGCCUGUGGAAAAGCUGUUUGAGAAAUGGAUGCAUCCACUCUUUGACAAGCAUGUCACUCCCGAUACACUCCAAGUCCAUCCAUUGCGACGAUUGACUACAGACUUGCAACGUCUUGGUUGUGAAGGUUUUAUGCUUAGAAAUUUUACAACGGAGUCCAAUGCCCACGAUAGUCAAAAAUGUGUCAUUUUCUUGCAUGAUCAACCUCUCGCUUCUGGUUCAUCCGAUAAUGUCAAGGCAGCAAGAAGAAACGCUGCAACCAAAGCAGUGGCUCGAUUGCAGGACGAUCCAGAGAUUGUGAAUCGCAUUUGUGAUUGUGGCAUACUGAGACGUAAACGCAAAAAGGUGGUCUACGUUUCGGAUGAUGAAGAAAUCGAGGUGGAAAAGUAG